ACAACACAUUCUCUCUGUGUUCGACGCAAUUGGAAGUAUAAUUUAUUAGAUUUUCAUUAGCAUAUAUAUGAUAAAUGUAUUGUGUUGAUUAUUUAGAGGUUAGGUCACCGAAGGAUUAGGGUACGUGUUGUGCGUAGAGAAAUAAUUGCGCAUUGUCAAUACUAACUUCAAUUAUUUAACGCACAGAACUUACAGAUACUAAAAUUUUCGAAAACAAACAUACGAGAAACAGCUGAUUCGUUGAUAGUUAAGUGCGUAAUGUUCUCACACGUUUGAUAAACGAACAAAAUUGUAAAACAGUGCCGUAUUAGUAUGUAAAAAACAACAUUGUUUUCGGCAAUGACGAGAAAUCAUUAGGGUGAUAACCAAAGAUGUUCGUUGACGUGUCUCAAUGACGUAACGUUGUCUUUCUGUAACGAAAGUUCGAAUUCUCGAGAAACAUACCGCAAAAUGAAUUCAAGAAGGUUCUUAUCAAGCUGUUCGAACUAAAAGACAGUUCAACAGAAGAAGUACAAAUCACAAUUAAGCUGUCAAAAUGAAGCUAAGAAAAGAGUUAUUGUUACUUCUGCUUGUUAUGUCUGUUGCGUCCGAGUCAGAAGAUCCAAAAAAACAAUCAGAGACUUCUGACGAAGAGCCAGAGGAAGAUGUUACUUUGGGAGAAAGGGGGCUAGAACAUCUGCGUCAACUAAAGGAUGUACAUGAUACUAUGCUAAAAAUUAUACAAUCUAAUAGACUCUCAUAUCUUAGAGAGGAGAUGACAAGAAGAAAAGAAGAGGUAGAAGAAGAGCCGAAAACUAAGGAAGAAAGUUCCACAAUGAGAAAUGUAUGGACAAAGACAAGGAUAGCACAGACUAAGAAUAUAGAUUUACCAAAUAGUAAUUUAAGACUGGAGGAAGAAGAGACAGAGCCAUGGAAUGAAGAAGAGCAACUUGAGUCUCUAAGUGAAGAGACACCAGAACCACUUACUCCGGAGCCACAAGAAGCGGAGCAAAUGUUUAGGAAAGCACAGCGUCUCUUAAAUGCCACACGUUCUAACAAAGCAGAAGCUUAUGGAUUAUUAAGAGCAGCAGCAGCUCUUGGUCAUCGUGAAGCACAAUCCAUGUUGGCAUGGGCCCCAUUGCUUGGUCCGACUUACUUUUUGGUAUCUAGUCAGAUUGUUUCAGCUGUUUAUCAAACAUUUAAAGAACUUGCUGAAACUGGACUACCUUCUGCUCACAUGGGCUUAGGAUUUUUAUAUGCAACAGGACUAGGCGGAGUAAAUGCUUCGCAAGCUAAAGCACUUUUACAUUACACAGCUGCAGCUCUCGGCGGAGAUACACGUGCACAAAUGUCCCUUGGGUAUCGUUAUUUGGCUGGUGUCACGACGCCAGCUUCAUGUGAAAAUGCUUUAAAUUUUUAUCGUAAAGUUGCCGACAAGGUCGCAGAAGAGGUUUCGUUCAGUGGAGGGCCAGUUAUUCAGCGAGUCCGACUUUUGGAUGAACAAGAGAAUCCUGGAUAUAACUCAGGAAUGUAUGAUCAAGAUUUAAUAGAAUAUUAUCAAUUGCUAGCGAAGAAAGGAGACAUAGAGGCUCAAGUUGCAUUAGGACAGUUACAUUAUCAAGGUGCCAGGGGUGUUCCAUUAGAUCACGUGAGAGCCAUGCACUAUUUCCAGCAUGCUGCUGACGCUGAACACCCAAUAGCAAUGGCUUAUUUGGGAAAGAUAUACUUAGAGGGUAGCGAUAAAGUAGAACAGGACAACAAAACGGCAUACAAAUACUUUAAAAAGGCUGCUGAGCUUGGGAAUCCUGUCGGACAAAGUGGCUUAGGUCUUAUGUAUCUUUAUGGACGGGGGGUUGAAAGGGACACCACGAAGGCUCUACAGUAUUUCAAGCAAGCUGCAGAACAGGGCUGGGUCGAUGGACAGCUUCAACUUGGCAAUAUGUAUUUCAGUGGGACUGGAGUGAAACCUGAUUACAAAUUAGCUAUCAUGUACUUUAGCAUGGCCAGUCGAUCUGGCCAUGUUUUAGCACUUUAUAAUUUAGCUCAAAUGCACGCCACCGGCACAGGUAUGACACGCAGUUGCACGACUGCAGUCGAGCUUCUAAAGAAAGUCGCUGAACGGGGGAAAUGGAGUGACCAAUUGAUGGCUGCCCAUACAAACUAUAGAGAAGGCAAAAUCGACGAAGCUUUCGUUAAUUAUGCCCUUCUUGCGGAAAUGGGAUAUGAAGUUGCACAGAGCAAUGCUGCUUUUAUACUUGACAAAGGGGAGACUACGAUAUUUUCGGAGGAAGAGGGUUUGGUCAGAGCAUUAUCUUUGUGGGAUAGGGCUGCUGCACAAGGAUACUCUGCUGCUCAGGUAAAACUGGGAGAUGCUCACUAUUACGGCAGAGGAACGAAAGUUGACUACGAGGCUGCAGCUAAUCACUAUCGAUUGGCCUCCGAGCCAGAUCCAAAUGCACAGGCUAUGUUUAACCUUGGGUACAUGCAUGAACGUGGUUUAGGUUUAGCAAGGGAUCGACACUUGGCCAAACGGUGUUACGAUCUUGCUGCAGAAGCCAGCCCGGACGCCAAAAUCCCCGUUGCGUUGGCGCUUAUCAAACUCUCCUUCCUUUUCGGUUUGGAUUAUCUGCAGGAGUUUAGUCUUGUUGAUCAUCUGAAUAAAUGGGACCAGCUCUUGGGCCAGAACUGGGACUUAUAUCUUAUAGGACUGCUCACUGGCAUGCUCAGUUUAAUUAUUUACUUCCGCAGGCCGCAGCCACCACCUCCGCCUAGAAUUAAUUAGUUCUUUACUAUUUUUCUUUUUUCGUUCCCAGGCCGUUUCUUUUUCUUUUAGAUGAAGUCAAAUUUGUUACUGAUGGUUCAUAAAUACACGCACGUGCGUGCAUAAGGA